GGGGGGAGGAGCUUUUGAGCCUGGGGGCGGGGCCGGAGCUGAGCGGGCGCCAUGGGCCCCCCCUCGCUGCUCUUCCUCCUCCUCCUCCUCUUCCUCGGCGCCAGCGUGGCCCCCGCGGCCCCCCCGGACCUGGAGGAGCCCGAGGAUUACGCGGAGUGCAGCGAUGGUUACGAGUGGGACCCCGAGACCGAGCACUGCAAAGACGUGGACGAGUGCGCGCUCGGGUCCCCGCCGCCCUGCCGGGGCUCCAUGAAGUGCCUGAACCAUUUCGGGGGGUACCUGUGCCUGCCCCGCUCGGCCGCGCUGCUCAGCCCCGGCCCGGGCCCCGCCCCCGCCCCGCCCCCGCCCCCGCCCCCGCCGCGCCCCGCCCCGCCCCCCGACGGACGCUGCCCGCCCGGCUUCGGCCCCGCCCCCGACGGCACCUGCGCAGACGUGGACGAGUGCGCGGGGCGCCCCCCGUGCCGGCCCAGCCAGGAGUGCAUCAACGUCCGGGGGGGCUUCGAGUGCCGCUGCCCCCCCGGGUACCGGCACCGGGACACCGAGUGCGUGGACGAGGACGAGUGCCAGUUCCGCUGGUGCCAGCACAGCUGCGCCAACUCCCCCGGCGCCUUCUCCUGCCGCUGCCACCCCGGCUUCAGCCUCGGCCCCGACGGCCGCUCCUGCCUCGAUGUGGACGAGUGCUCGAUGGGCGCCCGCUGCUCCCAGCGCUGCCUCAACACCUUCGGCUCCUUCCGCUGCCGCUGCCGCCCCGGCUUCGCCCUGGGCCCCGACGGGCACCGGUGCCUCGACGUGGACGAGUGCCGGGGGGGGGUCCGGUGCCAGCACCGCUGCCAGAACCUCCCGGGGGGCUUCAGCUGCGUCUGCCCCCCCGGCUACACCGAGGAGGGGGGGCGGUGCAAGGACCGGGACGAAUGCUCCGAGGGCUCCCACGGCUGCGGGGGGGCUCAGAGCUGCCUCAACACCUUCGGGGGGCACCUCUGCGCCCCCCGCGAGGUCUGCCGGGGGCCCUACGUCCCCCACCCCCGAAACAACGGGACCUGCGUUUGCCCCGGGGGGGUUCCGGGCUGCGCCCCCCGCCCCCGCUGGCUCCUGCACCGGUUCCUGGCGCUGCCCCAGACCCCCGAGGUGCCCACCGGGAUCUUCCAGCUCCGGCACCCCCCGGGGGACCCCCAACGGCUGCGGCUGCGGGGGGGCCCCCCCGGGACCUUCCGGCUGCGGGCGCUGACCAAUCACAGCUCGCUGCUGGAGCUCGCGCGCCCCCUGGCGGGCCCGCGGCAGCUGCUGCUGGAGGUGGAGCUUCUGCGUCCGGGGCCACGCCCCCCGCCCGAGGCCCCGCCCCUCACCACGGACGGACCGCCCCCCGCCACAGAGGGACCGCCCCCCGGCGCCUGGGACCCGCCCCCUCCCACUGGGCGGGGCCUGGCUUUGCUCCGCCUCCAUCUGUCAGUGGGGGCCCACCCGUUCUAGGUGGGGGGAGACCCCCAAAAAGCCACUGGGACCCCAAAAACUCCCCAGGACGCCCAAACUGUGCCCUGGGACCCCCAAAGAAGCCCCAGGAACCCCAUAAAACCGACUGGGACCCC